AUGGACGCAGACGACAGGGACGACGCGGACGCGGACGACGAUACCGGACAAAGAAAUCCGCAUGUGUCUGCCAUGCUCCUCAGGCGACACAAAAGAUCAUGCGUUUGCCAUCCGGGCUUCGUUGGUGACUACUGUUUGAUCAAUCGGUUAGAAGGGCUGCAGAUCACGGACAUUGAAGGAGGCGGUUUUUGUGACCUUGCCCUCGGUGACGACUGCCAUGAAUGCCUCGAGUUUCACACUGAUAAUCUCAUGACAGAUUUCCAUUGUAAUAUUUCUGUACAACAGGCAGGCGUCGAUGAAGGCUUUACAAAGCUGGGAGAAGAGACAACACAUGGACAAUAUGAAAACAUUUUUCAAGGAGAAUGUUGCCCCACAGGAAUGCACACAAGAAUGCGCAGACAGGCCAACCAAAACGACAGUGACCCGUUCAUAAUACAGUAUUCAAUCUCCGUGAGCAAUGACGGUGUCCACUAUGGUCCGAAGAAAGAUGUGUAUGUGUACGACUCUACAUGUCAGACGAAUGUUGUCAUGGGCAACGGGGACUGGUUAUUUUCCUUGAAGUGUUUAAAGGAACAUUUUAUUGAUGCGUCGUUACAGGAAAACACGUGCUUUAUAAACGGAAAUUGUUACGUGGCUGAGUACGAAAGUCCCAUUACUGCGUGCAACAAGUGCCUUCCUAAGCGCGAAAAGUAUCGAUGGACAACAGAGUGUAGAAGCGGUACUCACAAUUCACACGAAGACGGAGAUGAUGCUGACACAAAUAGCAGCGGGACGUUGACUUAUGUUGUCAUUGCCGUCACAGUUGGUGGAAUAUUCAUUUUCGCGUGUAUUGUUGUGUUUGCUAUGUGGACAUACAAGUCCAAGCAUAGGUCCGUUACUGCGCAGAAUGCUCCCCCAGACUAUGCCACCUGUGCACCAAUGAACACCAAAUUUGAAAACAAAAACGUGAAGUUUGAUAACUGUGGAAAAUCUUCGGCAGACAUCUUCAGGACUGACUAUGAACACCUGCGAUACUGA